AUGCCGGCCCUUACCCGGUGGCUCAUGUCGCCUCGCAAUGUCUGCCUCGGCGUCGUCUUGGCCCUCAUUCUAACCGUCACAUUGCUCUACAAACAAUCUGGCGUAGUCCUCCCCCAGGUUACCUUUGGAUACGCCUCACAGCCGCCCGUGGACAAGUCCAAAGUCGCCCUGCUCGUCGAAGACCGGCCGCAGCCGCUUCUCGCCCCUACGCUGCUGCACUUCAUAUAUGCCUUACCACCGGACUGGCACUUCCGCUUCAUGGGCUCCCAAGCCUCCGUUGCGCACGUGAACAAGUCGGCCGCAAUCCGCGAGCAAGUCCGCGCCGGGAAGCUCGACCUCACCUAUAUCCCCUCGAACCUCAGCACCGCCGGCCAAGAGAUGAUCAGCCGCUUCCUCACAACAUUGUGGCUCUACGAGACGGUCCUGCAGCCUGCAGAGAUGUUACUCGUCUUCCAGUCCGACUCGAUGGUAUGCGCCAACAGUAAGCACAACAUGGACGAGUACAUCCAGUACGACUGGGUCGGCGCCCCGUGGAACCCUGCGGGACGUUGGGGCGGCAACGGCGGUCUGUCCAUCCGCCGUGUGAGCCGCAUCAUCGACAUACUCCGUAAUCAGAAGCGCAUCGAAAACUCUGAGCCCGAGGACGUCUGGCUCUCUGAACGGCUCGGCCACCACCCCCAAGGCCGAGUCGCUAGCGGGCCAGUCUCCUUGGCCUUUUCCGGCGAAUUGAACAGCGGAGAGCCUGAGCAAGUUCUGGGCCCCUCAGGUAGUCAACAUGAUAACAAAUCCCACUCGCUGCCCAAGGUCGGCCGUCCUAGCGAGUAUAUCAAGGGAAUCGACGACUGGAGGGAUGGACAUUACGAGCCCAUGGGCUAUCAUAUUGGCGGUGCCAAUUACCUAUCCGGCUCAAUAUGGGGCACGCCGGAGAAGAGAGAGCACAUCUGGAAAUAUUGCCCAGAAGUAAAGAUGAUUGUACAGACGGACAUGGCGGAUUACGUGCCAGGAAAUUGUCAUAGCGAAUGGUAA